AUGAAGACAUCUACACCAUUGCGGAGCCAAAAGGAAGCUUUCCAAAAGCGAAGUAAGUUUAAUUAUGUUUUAGGGAUGGUAAAAUAAGGUUUAUUAGUCGAUAAAUGAUCUGUUAGCUGUUUUACAGGUUUUUUGAUAGAUUGUGGUUGAUUUUAUUUAGUUUUUGAGUCGUUUUUCAAAAAAAAUUUUUUAGUUAACAAAAUUUUUAAAAUGAAUAUUUAGAUACAAGAUUAGGUAACAAACCAUAAUAUAUAUUAUUAUAGCUCUGAACAGUUAAAAUUAGACUUAAAACUUAAGCUUUAACCUAAAAAAUGGAUUUUAGUUAACAAAAACUCUUAUUAUAUUGUUUUAGAUGAUGGAUCACCAAGAACCAGGCUCGACACAUCGAGAAAUAGUAGUGGCUCAUCGAGAGAUAGCUCCUUUAUAAUGAGCUCAAUUGAACAUGUUGAUGAUAAGCGUCACAAUUUGAGUUCUGCAGCUGAAAGUGAUAAUGCAUUAUCUGAACCAAUGGAGAAGCUAAAAGUCAAGGAUGAGCCCAUUAAAUUAUCAGUCAAGUUCAAUAACAGUGAUGAGGACAAUGAGUAAGACUUUUGUUUAUUAUUUUUUGCGUUUUUAGGUAUGGAAUUUGAUAGAGAAUGAAGAUACGGGCUGAUUUUGAGUAUAAAAGGUAUAAUGAAAAUUUUUAAGAAUUUUGAAGUUUUUAUAGUUUUAGGUAACAUUCUAAUGUUUUAGGUAUUUUUUAAAGGAUUCUCUGAGAUUUUAAGUAUUAUUUCUGAUUCUUAGCCUCGAUUGGAGAAUUUUAGAUAACAUUCUAACAUUUUAGGUAACAUUUUGAACUCCAAAACAAUUUUUUAAAAUAUAGACAUAAUUUCAUACUUUAGAUAACAUUUCUUUUGUUUUAGUCCAAAAAAGGUGGCGCAAAAGAUAGAAGAUGAGGUUCGGGCUGAAUUCAAAGAAAGAAUCGUGUCGAAGGUCAACAAAGAUUGGAAGCCGAACGAUUUAAAGUCGAUCAAGGCGCUGUUCAAACGAUUGAGUGUCGACAAGACUGUCACGUUUAGAACGUUUUUGAAGUGGCACAAUGAUCCGUUGUGUAUGAAAGUAGGUUUUGGGCUUAAAAUUAUGGGUUUAGGGAUAAGUAUAGAAUUUUAGGUAUAAAAAUCGAAUUUUGGGCUUAAAAUGGAACUUUAGGCCUAAAAACAACAUUUUAGGCUUAAAAAUGAAAUGAUUGGCUUAAAAAUGGAAUUUUAGGCUUAAAAUGGAAUUUUAGGCUUAAGAUCAAAAUUUAGGCUUAAAGAUUGACCUUUAGACUAAAAAAUGAAAUUAUAGGCUACAAAUGAAAAGUUAGGCUAAAAAAUGAAAGUGCGUUAGAAAUGUCAUUUUAGGCUUAAGAAUUGAAAUUUAGGCUUAAAUAUUGACUUUUAGAAUAAAAAAUGAAAUUAUAGGCCUAAAAACUUUUAUACCUUGAUUUCAGCUCAUUUCACAUUAUUUAGAAGAGAAUCGUGGUGAACUGUACCCGGACGUCCAAUUGAAGGUCGAAAACAUCUGGACGGUCGAUUAUCCAGGCGACCGCCGUUUUCGUCACGAAAUUGGGAACUUGUAAGAACAUUUUUUUUUGAAAUUUUUGAAUUUAGAUAACAUUUCUGCCCGGUUUCUCAUAUCUUUAAACUGAGAUUCCUUUUCCACUUUUCGCAACUGAAAUCUUUCGUUGCGGGACCUAAGCUGGGCUCCUGGGGCCUUGCUUUGGUUCUGGCCUUUGGACGCGAACGAUUCGGCACGGUCUUUUUUAAACUUGUUUUGGCUUGGCUUGCCCUAGCGGGUAUUCUUUAAGAUCUGUGUUUAGAUAAUAUAUUUAUAUUGUUUUAGGCACUUUUUGAUGCAAGGCGCAUCGAAAAAGAAGGUGUUGGAUAUUCUCAAGAACGGUUUCUACAAUAAGGAAUCUGCUUACUGUACGGCGGUGGGUUUUUACUGCAAGAACUUUGUUUACAAAUAAAAAAAUGGCAAGAACUUUCUUUGAAAAUCGAAAAAUGGCGAAAACUUUUUGCACAAUAUGGAAAUGGCAAUAACUUUCUUUACAAAACAAAAAAUGGCAAGAACUUUCUUUACAAACCGAAAAAUGGCAGAAACUUUAUUUAAAGAAUAAGAAAUGGCAAGAAUUUUCUUUACAAAACAAAAAAUGGCAAGAACUUCCUUUACAAAACAAAAAAUGGCAAGAACUUUAUUUAAAAAUCGAAAAAUGGCAAAAAAUUUUUGUACAAUAUGAAAAUGGCAAUAACUUUCUUUGCAAAACAAAAAACGGCAAGAACUUUCUUUAAAACAUGAAAAAUGACAAGAACUUUCAUUACAAAAAUAAAAAAAAAUUUAGGACAACCUCACCGUAGGCCCGGGCUACUACUUCCAAACCAACAGUCAAAAAGCGGUCAAUUUGUCACUGAUCAAAAAAGGCUACGAAAGAAUGCCAGCGGUCGAUAACGGUGAGCUGAUUCCAGCAGACAGUCAAAUUGGUUACAUCUUCUUUUGUCAUGUCGCACUGGGCAGGUGCUGCAAGAGCACCGAGUUCAUCAAAGACGAAGUCUCAUUGGAAAAGCUCUACAGACGCUUCGAUUCGGCUGUUUGUCAAGGCAUCUUCAAGACUCAGAGAUGUUUGAAGUGAGCUUUAGGGGUUUUUCAAGGUUUGGUAGGGGCUGGUUGGAGGGCAUGAGGGGGAGAGGAGCCAAAAAUCAAAUUUUGAAAUUUCAGGGCUUGGCAGGGGGAGAGGGGGGGGCAUAACAAAAAUUUUAGGGGUAGGCGAAACAACAAUUCGAGACUUGCUAACGUGCAGGGGUAAAGAUUAUAAAAAAAGUAUUUUGGGCGUGGUAAAAAUAUUUUUAGGGUGGGGGGCGGAAUAAAAAAAAGUAAAUGAUAUGGACAGGGUAAACAUUUCUUACGGCAUCGUCAAAGUAAAAAAAAGAAUUUUAGGUAAUGGGCGGUGUGAAAAAUUGAAUUUUGAAGUGGGCGAGGUAAAAAUAUUUUCUUAGGGUACGGGCGAGGUAAAAAAUUUAAUGAUGUGGGAGGGGUAAGAAUUUCUUAAGGAUGGACGUGGUAAAAAAAGUAAUUUUAAGUGAUGGGCGGUGUGAAAAAUUUUAUUUUGAAGUGGGCGUGGUAAAAAUAUUUUCUUAGGGUGUGGGCGGGGUAAAAAAAUUAGGGUGUGUGGAUUGGGAAUGUUUUCUGUAUGACGAAUGAAUAGUAAAGUUUUGAAAAAAAAUUUUGGGCGGUGUAAAUUUUUUUGUGGUGCAGAGGGUGUUAAUAAUUUUUGGGUGGGUAGAAGAAAAUGUUUUUUUGGCUAAAAAAUGGCAAGAACUUUUUUUACAAAAUAAAAAAUUGCAAGAACAGUCUUCACAACACAAAAAAUGGCAAGAACUUUUUUUACAAAACAAAAAGUUGCAAGAACUUUCUUUACAAAGCAAAAAAUGGCGAGAACUUUCUUUACAAUCAUGAAUUUUUGGAAAAAAAUUAAAUAUCAUUUUAGUGUCCAUCGAGGAAAUGUGAAGUGGCCAUUGGGACCAUUCAAACUGGACGAAAUUUUUAACGCCAAGGCAGAUACGGAACGCCCAUUGUACGAUGAUAUUGUUGUGAGAGAGGCGAAUCAAAUUCGACUGGCAUAUCUCGUUGAGGUUAAGUAUACAGAAACGUGA